GGAGAUCGUCUGUCAAUGAAGUAGUAAAAGGAGGGAACGUCUGUGGCAGAAGAGAGGGAAAGGUUUUUUUCUGAAGCCUUUAAUAGACUGUUUGCUUUGGCUGGGUUCCCUUCAUUUAUUUACCUAAUUCCAGAGGUGACCAAUACACAACAGAGCUGAAAAUGAAGAUCAUCAUUGGCAUUGGAGGAGUGACCAACGGUGGGAAGACCACUUUGACAGACAGACUUCUAGAGACAUUACCCAACUGCUGUGUUGUGCAUCAGGAUGACUUUUUCAAGAAACCCGAUCAAAUAGAAGUCGGGGAGGACGGCUUUAGACAGUGGGAUGUGAUCACCGCCAUGGACAUGGAGGCUAUGGUCAACACUGUGAAAGGCUGGCAGGAGAACCCAGUCAAGUUCGCCCGCUCGCACGGCGUCAGCCUGUCGCCCAAAGCCGAGGGGUCUGACUCGGAGGGGAUCCACAUUCUCAUCAUUGAGGGGUUCCUCAUCUAUAACUACAAGCCGCUUGUUGACGUCUACGACAAGUGUUUCUACAUUUCCAUUCCUUAUGAGGAGUGCAAAAAGAGGAGAAGUACAAGGACAUACACAGUCCCUGACCCCCCCGGCCUGUUCGACGGCCACGUCUGGCCCAUGUACCUGAAACACAGGAAGGAGAUGGAGAGCAACUGCAACAGCAUAGAGUACGUUGACGGGAUGACAUCAAGGGAAGUGAUUUACAACAAGGUGUACGAAAGCGUUCAGAACUCCCUGCUGAACAAAUUAUAGCAGGACCGGGGACAUCAGCGGAUUUGUGUAUAGACUUGUAAAUAUGAUUUUGGUUGAAUGUGUAACACCAGCUCUGUACUUCUAGCCAAGUUUGUAAAUAGGCAAUCGUGUAACUUAGUAAGAACUGACGGCAGAAGCGUUGUGUUUUGUAUUAUCCUGUAACUUUUUUCCCUAAAGACGAGCCACCUCUGGGCUGCCCAGUGUUUAACAUCAGGGACAGAUUCAAACUCUGAUGUUGAUGUACUGUAUGUCAAAGUCAAAUUCCCGUUGGGAGGUAGGAUUUGUCAUUAAAGAAAUGACUGAAUCCAC